GACGGUAACGGAAAUCGCGUAAAACAGUGGACAGGACUGACACCUAUAAGAGGAGUUGUAUCUCAAGAGCUACAGCUGUCUGAACAGCCAGUGUUGGGCGACUGGGCUAUAGUUGUGGAGCUGUCGGGUGUCAAACACCAGAAGGCCUUCUCAGUGGCGGAGUAUGUGUUGCCCACGUUUGACGUGGAGGUAGUGUUGCCUAAGUAUACCACUCGUGACCGGCCGGACAUUGUGGCCACAGUUAAGGCUCUCUACACGUAUGGACAGGGAGUUAAGGGAGACCUCACUCUAACCGUACAGACAAAGGAACACUACAGUCGAAGCAAAUACAGGACUCGGUAUCCGAUCGACGGAAGUGUUGACAUACCUAUCAAUCUGAUGGACGACUUGUCACUCGACCAACACUUCCAGAAUAUGGAGAUAGAAGUGAUUGGAGUGGUAAAGGAGGCGCUGACCGGCCGGUCGUAUAACCGGUCAAACACUAUGAAGAUAUACGACAGGGAUGUGAAGGUAGAACAGGUGAAGACCUCCCAAACAUUUAAACCGGGCCUCAAAUACCCGGUGCUCAUCAAAGUGACCGAUCAGGACGACAAACCGGUGCCCGAAAACGGUCCCAAACUUACGCUGAAAUACGGCUACACUUAUGAAGAUAGGGACCAGAAGACAGUCCUCAUGAGUCCAGUCAAUGGACUCAUUGCUGUAGAUCUCUAUCCGCCCAAUAAUACAGAGCACAUAAAUCUGAGGGCAGAAUAUAUGGGUAAAGACUAUUGGUUGGAAAACAUACAGAAGGCUCAGUCGCCGUCCGGUAACUACAUUCAAGUGGUGCGACUCGACUCAGACAAAGACGUGAGUGUCGGCCAACUGCUCCGGUUUGCCGUCAACGCCACCGAACCGAUCGGUCGACUCGUGUGCGAAGUGUUGGGAAAGGGAGACAUCGUUUGGGCCCAAAGUAUUGAUAUACCGGACAAUAAAAUGACUCACGAGUUUACUUUGGAGGCCACACAAGCGAUGGUACCGACGGCUCGACUGGUGUGCCAUUACCUGCGAGCGGCCAAUCAGGAAGUGGUGGCCGACGGACUCAAGUUUGAUGUGAGCGGUACUCUCCGGACACCCGUAUCGGUCACUACUGACGUUCAGACCACUAAACCGGGCGCACCCGUAGAGGUGAGGGUGAGUACCAAACCGGACGCAUACGUGGGUCUACUCGGUGUCGAUCAGAGCGUACUUUUGUUGAAAUCCGGUUACGAUAUCACACGCGAAGACGUGGACAAAGAGCUGAAGACAUACGACUCGACCGGCGCUGACGAUCAGCACCGGUACGGCUGGUGGCAAAACUCUGUGACCGCCGGCGAGAUAUUCGACAACUCGGGUGUUGUGGUCAUGUCUAACGGUUUGAUACACCGACAGCGGGCUUACGGGGAUAUAUCUGGUGAAUCUGGUAUAUCUGGUAUGAUUGCUAAUUUAAGGGCAAUGGCUUUGGCAAUGGGCGAAGAGGUAGGAUCACAGUCGGCACAGUUAGACACGAUAGUGCCGAGAGCUCGCUGUAACACUCCAUACAAACGCCUGUCCAGCCCUCCAGACACACCACAGCCGGUGAAAGUGAGGCUAAACUUUCCCCAAACUUGGAUCUGGAGUUCCGGUGUUUCGCUACAUGGAUGUGAUGUUAGAGGCACAGGAAUUUAUUUCCACGCCUGCUUCGGCAUUGGAAAGGGAAAUACCACCCGAGGCUCCCCCGAACCCAACUGUCCAAUCAGGCGAUCGGAAAUCGUGAUGUAUCGUGAUCGAAGUGAUGAUAGUGCUAUGGAACGGAGCAGGGAUAUACCGGUAGAGGCAUCCAAUGACCUAACUCUUCCCUCAGAUACUAUCAAUUCAGUGAGGGUUAGAAAAAACUUUCCCGAAACUUGGAUCUGGAGUUCCGACGUUUCCAUGGUUAUGUCAUUUGGUUCCGCCGCUCCGUUAGCAAUGUUUUCAAUGGCAGAAAGUUUACCAAUGGCUAAGUCUGUGGCCAUUCCCGACCCCAAUGCGAGUCCCGAACCCAAAGAGGUUUUGGUGGCGGUCGACCCAAACCAGGGGUCCCAAUGGGAGGCGUGGCUUUCGACGGCCCUGUUAGCAUUAACAAAGUAUCCGCAAUACGACCGCAAACCUCCCCUUCAGUCAAACAAAAUGCCCAUAAAAUUAGGAAACAUUUUCCCGAAACCU